AUGGCAUCUUUGAAAGAGUUCAACAAAAGUGAAGUGGCAGCCCAUGCCUCGAAAACAGAUUUGUUUGUCAUUAUCCAUGGCAAAGUGUACGAUAUCACGAACUACGUGCGCGACCACCCGGGAGGUGCAGAUGUGUUGGUAGAUGUCGCCGGCGGAGACGCCACGGCUGCUUACGAGGACGUCGGUCAUUCGGAAGACGCGAAUGAGAUUCUUGAGACAUACUUGGUCGGCACGGUCAAAGAUGCGCAACAAUUCGUUCAACCUAAGACCGUUCGUGUUAUCCAGCAAAGCUCCCCCAGCACGGAACGACCCAAAUCCACAUUCUCCGCCGCAAGAUCUCUAGCAAGUGUCGCUACCGCGCUUACUGCGACGGGUCUGAUCUACAUCUUCAGCAAGAAUCAUCGGGCAUUGAGCAAUUUGGCCACAACAUGUUCUCCUUCUACAUGGAGAGUCACCGGAGUCCAUGUGCCAUUGCCAGAGUUCCUCCGGGGGGGGUUCGCGAGUGGAUUUGCUGCUGCCACUUUGGCAUGUACAAUUGUUGGUGGAUCAUUGGCAAGCAAGCUCUCGGCAUUCACCAAAAUCGAUGCUGGAUUUACAAAAUAUCGUCCACACAUCAAAGCGUCCGUCGUGAAGAAGCAAAACCCACACAAUGCGAAGGGUUUCCUCCAGCCUAAGAGCUACAAAACCUUGCCGCUGGUCAAGAAGGACCAGUUGUCGUCCAAUGUCUUCCGUUUCGUUUUCCAACUGCCUAAUCCACGAGACGUCGUGGGACUUCCCAUCGGUCAACAUGUUGCUAUCAAGGCCACAAUCAAUGGAGCCACUGUUUCGAGAUCCUACACCCCGACAUCCAACAAUUUGGAUGCUGGAAUACUUGAACUUGUGAUCAAGUGCUACCCAGACGGUCUCCUCACCGGCCAGUAUCUUGCGUCUCUAGAAGUCGGCGAUCUUGUGGAGUUCCGAGGCCCGAAAGGUGGAAUGAAGUAUCAUGACGGUCUUUGCAAGAAGAUCGGCAUGAUCGCUGGUGGAACUGGAAUCACCCCAAUGUAUCAACUCAUUCGGGCAAUUUGCGAGGACGAUCGCGAUAUGACUGAGAUCAGCCUCAUCUACGCAAAUAGAUCGGAAGAAGAUAUUCUUCUUCGUCGUGAGUUGGAGACAUUCGCUAGAGCUUACCCUCGGAACUUCAAGCUUUGGUAUAUGUUGGAUCAUCCCUCAGAGGGCUGGGAAUAUGGCAAGGGAUAUGUUACAGCGGAAGUCAUGUCGGCAAGACUCCCUGGACCUGCACCCGAUACAAAAAUAAUGCUUUGCGGGCCACCAGGCAUGGUGAAUGCUUCGAAAAAGAGCUUGGUAGCUGCAGGAUUUGAGGCUCCAGGUGCUGUUGCAAAGAUGACAGACCAAAUUUUCUGCUUUUAA